CCGGGCAAACGCGCCCCGGCCGGUGUCUGCGCUAUGAGCGUCCGUGCGGCGCGGGCGGCGCGGGCGGCGUGGACCCCGGGGACCCCGGGCUGGGCCCCGCGCGACCGCCGCGCCGCCUCAAACUCGCCGCCGCCGCCGCCCGACGUGGUGAACGUGGCGGAGCUCCUGCGCGAUGCGUCGGCGGCGGAGCCCCGGGAGGCGGCGGCGGCGCGGCGGCGGCCCGAGCACUGCUCGGUGCUGCUGUUCCCCGGCCAGGGCAGCCAGGUGGUGGGCAUGGGCCGCGCGCUGCUCCGCUACCCGCGCGCCCGCGCCCUCUACGCCGCCGCCCGGCGCGUGCUGGGCUACGACCUGCUGCAGCUGAGCCUGCACGGGCCGCGGGAGGCCCUGGACCGCACCGUGCACUGCCAGCCCGCCGUGUUCGUGGCGUCGCUGGCCGCCGUGGAGAAGCUCCAGCAGGAGCAGCCCGCGGUGAUUGAGGGCUGCGUGGCCGCCGCGGGCUUCAGCGUGGGAGAGUUUGCCGCGCUCGUGUUUGCCGGAGCCAUGGAUUUUGCCGAAGGGCUGCACGCGGUGAAGGUGCGCGCGGAGGCCAUGCAGGAGGCCUCGGAGGCCGUGCCCAGCGGGAUGCUGUCGGUCCUCGGCCAGCCGCAGUCCAAGUUCGCCCUCGCCUGCCAGGAAGCACGCGAGCACUGUGCGGCCUCAGGCCUGAAGGACCCUGUGUGCGAGGUGUCCAACUACCUCUUCCCCGACUGCAGGGUCAUCUCCGGCCACCUGGAGGCCCUGCGCUUCCUGCAGAAGAACUCGGCCCGGUUCCACUUCCGCCGCGCCAAGCUGCUGCCCGUGAGCGGCGCCUUCCACACGCGCCUCAUGGAGCCGGCGCAGGAGCCGCUGGCACAGGCGCUGCGCGCCAUCAGCGUCCGCAAGCCCCUGGUGGCCGUGCACGCCAACGUCAGCGGGCACCGCUACGCCGACCCCAAGCACAUCCCCAGGCUGCUGGUGCAGCAGGUGGUGGCCCCGGUGAAGUGGGAGCAGACGAUGCACGUCAUCUACGAGAGGAAGAAGGGCACCCCCUUCCCCAGGACCUUCGAGGUGGGCCCCGGCAGGCAGCUGGGCAGCAUCCUCAAGAGCUGCAACAUGCAGGCCUGGAAGUCCUACAGCAACGUGGACGUGGUGGCGCCCGACGAGGAGGACGUGGACCAGGGCCCGGCCACGGCCCCGUGAGACGCCGUUGCUGGCAGGGCUCCGCCCACCACUCUGGACUACCACCCGUGGGGCCACUUGUGCCGGAGCCCCGCCCACUGCUUCAGGCCACACCCAUCUGCUCAGGCCCCGCCCACAGCGCUGGAGCUCCGCCCGCGGACCCGCCCACCUCCCCCCCUCACGGUGGGGCUUGCGGCCCAGAGCUGUGAGCACGAACUCGGGACAAAGCAUUAAAGGUGGAUUUUCUCUA